GAGCCGAGUCACCGGAGCAGCCGGGGUGAGAGGCGCACGAGCCCACUGACUGCGGGCGGGACGGAGGAGCCGAGAGCUGUGCUUGCACUACUCUGACUUGGGUCCUUGCUGCUUGGGAACCUUGACAAAGAAGCAAGCCUACACCUGUCCUUGCCUUGAUCCAGGGUCCACAGAGAAAGCCGCUUUGGCACAGUUGCCCUAGAGCCUGGCACAGUUGCCCUAGAGCCAGACAAAGAGCGGGCAACAGGGAAAGAAGAGAACUCUUUGCAUGAAAGCUUUGUUUGGAGGGAUACUAAGGAACACAUCAGGAACCGAAAAUGCCGAAACCAAUCAAUGUCCGUGUUACUACCAUGGAUGCAGAGCUGGAGUUUGCCAUCCAGCCCAACACUACUGGGAAGCAACUCUUUGACCAGGUGGUUAAGACCAUUGGCCUUCGGGAAGUAUGGUACUUUGGCCUUCAAUAUGUGGAUAAUAAAGGAUUUUCAACCUGGUUGAAGCUUGAUAAAAAGGUCUCUGCUCAGGAACUCAGAAAGGAGAGCCCUCUCCAGUUCAAAUUCCGGGCCAAAUUCUAUCCAGAGGAUGUGCCUGAGGAGCUGAUCCAGGACAUUACCCAGAAACUGUUCUUCCUGCAAGUGAAAGAUGGAAUCCUCAGUGAUGAAAUCUACUGCCCUCCUGAGACCGCAGUGCUCCUUGGAUCCUACGCCGUUCAAGCCAAGUUUGGUGAUUAUAAUAAAGAGGUGCACAAGUCAGGAUACCUCAGCUCUGAACGUUUGAUCCCACAGAGAGUAAUGGACCAGCACAAGCUCUCCAGAGAACAGUGGGAGGAUCGAAUCCAGGUGUGGCAUGCUGAACACCGUGGGAUGCUGAAAGAUAAUGCUAUGCUGGAGUAUUUGAAGAUUGCUCAGGACUUGGAGAUGUAUGGGAUCAAUUAUUUUGAGAUAAAAAACAAAAAAGGAACAGACCUUUGGCUCGGAGUGGAUGCCCUUGGGCUGAAUAUUUACGAGAAAGAUGAUAAAUUGACUCCAAAGAUUGGCUUCCCUUGGAGUGAAAUCAGAAACAUCUCUUUCAAUGACAAAAAGUUUGUCAUUAAACCCAUCGAUAAGAAGGCACCUGACUUUAUAUUUUAUGCACCUCGCCUCCGGAUUAAUAAGCGGAUCCUUCAGCUUUGCAUGGGGAACCAUGAGCUGUAUAUGCGUCGUAGGAAGCCGGAUACCAUUGAGGUACAGCAGAUGAAGGCCCAAGCACGGGAGGAGAAGCACCAGAAACAACUGGAGAGGCAGCAGUUGGAAACCGAAAAGAAGAGAAGAGAGACUGUCGAAAGAGAGAAGGAGCAAAUGUUGCGAGAGAAGGAGGAGCUGAUGCUGAGGCUUCAGGACUAUGAACAGAAGACCAAGAAAGCAGAAAAGGAGCUCUCCGAUCAGAUCCAGAAAGCCAUGCAGCUGGAAGAGGAGAGGAGAAGAGCCCAGGAGGAGGCUGAGCGCCUUGAGGCUGACCGGGUGGCCGCUCUGAGAGCCAAGGAAGAGCUGGAGAGACAAACUGUGGAUCAGAUAAAGAGCCAGGAGCAGCUGGCUACUGAACUUGCUGAGUAUACGGCCAAGAUUGCUCUCCUGGAAGAGGCCAGGCGGCGUAAAGAGGAUGAGGUGGAAGAAUGGCAGCUCAGGGCCAGGGAAGCCCAAGAUGAUCUUGUCAAGACCAAGGAAGAACUUCACCAGGUGAUGACCUCCCCUCCACCACCCCCACCACCUGUGUACGAACUGGUGAAUUACCACGUGCACGAGAACUUGCAGGAUGAAGGGACCGAGUAUAGCGGCUACAGCGCCGAGUUCUCCAGCGAAGGCAUCUUGGAUGACCGAAAUGAAGAGAAACGUAUCACAGAGGCCGAGAAGAAUGAGCGUGUGCAGAGACAGCUGCAGACAUUGACCAACGAGCUGUCCCAGGCCAGGGAUGAGAACAAGAGGACCCACAAUGACAUCAUCCACAAUGAGAACAUGAGACAAGGACGGGACAAGUACAAGACUUUGAGGCAGAUUCGACAGGGCAACACAAAGCAGAGAAUCGAUGAGUUUGAAGCCAUGUAAAGACGCACUGUGCAGCCGAGCGGGCAGGACUAUGGGAAAAGGCAGAUCUGAACACGUGGGCUUUUCUGAGGGGGUCACUGUAUCACAGACUACAGAUGGGUAUUUUUAGUAUUCUAUAAAUCUAGAAACUCCCUACCAUAUUGCAGGUUCUCCAGUGGAGAGAGAAUCAUUAUUCAGCGGGGAUCUUCUGGGGGCUGGGAGGGGAGGGGACGGAGGGGUGCCUAGAGAACUUCUCAUGUGUUUCUUAGUGCCAAACGGGCCUGCGGCAGGAUUGAUUUGAGUCAGAAUAAGCACCUAUGAAGCCUGAUAAAGUGAUGCACAGCACUUCAUGCUGGCAUGUGGGAUACAACAAGAUUGAGUGUGAUGAAAGAAAACCACAUUGUGGCCAGACACGGUGUCAUACCUUGAUUCUCUCUCUCUCUCUCUCUGUGUCUCUCUCUCUCUCUGUGUGUGUCUCUCUCUCUCUCUCUCUCUCUCUCUC